CCAUCACUUUGCUUCAUUCACCCAUUUAUUUUUUUCUUUCUCCUAGAUUAACUCUUUUGAUUUCUCUUUGGUGUUAUUUCUUCAUCAUCUUCAUUUCUUUGCCCUUUUAGUCCCCCUAAUACAAUGGGGAACUAUUGUUGUUCAAGGGGCCAACCUAAUGAUGGAGAUCAUCACAUGAGUACUAUGACAGAAACAUCGAAUACAAAAAAUGAUCAAUCAAUUGCAAAUAAGUCUAAAAAACAAAAACAUGCCCCAGUUACACCACCAAAAUCUCCUGACCCUUCUUCAAAACCAUCUAAAAAUUCCCCUAUAGGGCCAGUUUUAGGCAGGCCAAUGGAAGAUGUUAGAAAAACAUAUUCUAUAGGUAAAGAAUUAGGGAGGGGUCAAUUUGGUGUGACACAUUUAUGUACACAUAAACAAAGUGGUGAACAAUUUGCUUGUAAGACAAUAGCUAAAAGGAAAUUGGUUAAUAAAGAGGAUAUUGAAGAUGUGAAGAGGGAAGUACAAAUAAUGCACCAUUUAACAGGCCAACAAAACAUUGUGGAACUUAAAGGGGCUUAUGAGGACAAAAAUUCUGUGCAUCUGGUCAUGGAAUUAUGUGCUGGUGGUGAACUUUUUGAUAGAAUAAUUGCUAAGGGACAUUACACUGAACGUGCUGCAGCGACUUUGCUUAGGACAAUUGUGCAAAUUGUACAUACUUGUCAUUCUAUGGGAGUUAUUCAUAGAGAUCUCAAGCCGGAAAAUUUUCUCCUCCUUAAUAAAGAUGAGGAUUCACCUCUCAAGGCUACAGACUUUGGUCUUUCCGUAUUUUAUAAGCAAGGAGAUGUGUUUAAGGACAUAGUGGGCAGUGCAUAUUACAUUGCACCAGAAGUAUUGAAGAGAAGAUAUGGUCCAGAAGUUGAUAUAUGGAGUGUUGGUGUUAUGUUAUACAUUCUUCUUUCUGGUGUUCCUCCUUUUUGGGCAGAAACUGAACAUGGAAUAUUCAACGCAAUUUUGCGUGGACAUGUUGAUUUUUCAAGUGAUCCAUGGCCUUCAAUUUCCCAUGGUGCCAAAGACAUUGUCAGGAAGAUGUUGACUACAGAUCCCAAGCAGAGGUUAACAGCAAUCCAAGUGUUAAAUCAUCCAUGGAUCAAGGAGGAUGGGGAUGCACCAGAUACACCACUUGACAAUGCUGUUUUGAGUAGACUCAAACAAUUCAGAGCUAUGAACAAUUUCAAGAAAGUUGCACUAAGGGUUAUUGCAGGGUGCCUAUCAGAGGAAGAAAUUAUGGGAUUAAAGCAAAUGUUCAAAAGCAUGGAUGCUGAUAAUAGUGGAGCAAUAACACUUGAAGAGCUAAAACAAGGAUUUGCCCAACAAGGAACAAAAUUAUCUGAUUAUGAAAUUCAACAAUUAAUGGAAGCUGCUGAUGCUGAUGGAAAUGGAACAAUUGACUAUGAAGAGUUUAUUACAGCAACAAUGCACAUGAACAGAAUGGACAAAGAAGAACAUCUUUACACAGCGUUCCAAUAUUUUGACAAGGAUAAUAGUGGGUAUAUUACACUAGAAGAGUUAGAGCAAGCUUUACUAGAAUUUGGUAUUGAUGAUGGAAAGGAUAUAAAGGAAAUUGUUGCUGAAGUUGACUCUAAUAACGAUGGUCGAAUUAACUAUGAGGAGUUUGCAGCUAUGAUGAGAAAAGGAACUCCGGAUGCAGCAGCAGAGCUAAAGAAACGAAGGGAGUCAUUUGUUGCAUAAAUUUUCAUUGUGAAUAUAAAAAAGAAUCCAAAAUCAAAGUCAUUGGUACUUUCAUUGGAGAAAGACCAAAGGCUUAUUUUGUAAAAAAAAAAUUCAAGCCAUUCAUGAAGUUUUACAAUUUCAUGGAUGCUUAUGUAUAUUAUAACUAUCAUUUUUCUUAAAAGCAAAUUGGAAAAGAAAUGAGAAAUUAGAAUAUUCAUGAGUAAAAACAACUUCGUAAAAGGACAAUUUGUGUAUAUAAUAUAAUAUAAAUCCUUUUG